AAUCGACCUCUCACUGGAGAGAAGAUGUCGACACCUGACGGUCGAUGCUCUUUGGCGGGUGUGCUUCCAGGCCGAGGAGAUAGCACUGCACGUGGUUCGCGACUGCCCGAUGGCUGCUGCAAUAUGGAGGAGGUUGCUGUCUGGUGAGUAUCACGCUACUUUCUUUGCAUGGCAGUUGGAACCGUGGAUUUUUUCAAACCUGGCGCCUAACUCAGGCAUAGGAGAGGCUAAUUGGGAUCGUACUUUUGAGGUUGUGGUGUGGAAACUUUGGAAGUGGAGGAAUGAACAACUCUUUCAUGGGAAAAUAAGGGACGUGGUUAGUGAUAUGCGCGAAAUCACCACAUAUGUUAAAGGGCUGAAGACGGUUCUUUUGUGCGAUAUGAAGCUUGGCGGGUCAGGCCAUUUGAGGAUCCCACGGUGGAUAAGGGUCAUUAUCGACAAUGGCAGCGACUCCAACGAAACCAGGCUAAUGAUUGAUAGUGCCAGAAAACAUGGGAUCCUUCUGGAAGCCGUCCAAGUCCUGACGGAUCUCAACCUGUCGAUCAAGAAGGCUUACAUCUGCUCCGACGGCCGGUGGUUCAUGGACGUUUUUCAUGUGACCGACUUCAAUGGGAACAAACUAACCGACGACAGUGUCCUUGGCCGCAUUCAGCAGUCGCUCGAGACUGUUCACUACGGCCGGCCCACGAGAGCCAACGGUCUGACAGCCCUGGAGAUAACCGGCACGGACCGGGUCGGGCUUUUGUCCGAGGUUUUCGCCGUUCUUACCGACAUGGACUGCAAUGUGGUCGAAGCCAAGGUGUGGGCCCACAAUGGCCGGGUCGCGUCCCUGAUUUUCGUCAAGGAUUGUCACACGGGCUGCCCGAUAAAAGACGAGGAUAAAUUGGACAAGAUUGGGUCCGUUUUACGGAACGUGCUUAAGGGGGACGAUGAGACGACUCGGAGCGUGAAAACCUCGGUUUCGUCUGCCGUGACUCAUACGGAAAGGAGGCUGCACCAGUUGAUGUUUGCCGACCGGGACUACGACACGGGGGCCUCGGGUGGGCCCGGUUCGUGCCCGGGUGUCUCUGUUAGGAACUAUUUGGAGAAAGAUUAUUCGGUCGUCAGUGUUCAGUGUCAGGACCAGAACAAGCUCUUGUUUGAUGUUGUUUGCGCGUUGACCGACAUGGAUUACGUCGUUUUCCAUGCCACGGUCGAUACAUCGGAGGAUUCGGCAUCUAUGGAAUUUUUCAUCAGGCAUACGGACGGGACACCAAUUAGCUCGGAGGCCGAAAAGGAGCACGUGAUUCUCUGUCUGCAGGCUUCGAUGGAACGUAGGUCAUCGAAGGGCGUGAGGCUUGACCUUUGUGCGGCCGAUAGAAACGGGCUUCUAGCGGACGUGACGCAGGCUUUUCGUGAAAAUGGGCUGAGCGUUGCACGUGCCGAGAUAUCGACCACUUGGGAUACGGCUCGAAACGUAUUCUACGUGACGGAUGCAGUAGGGAACACGGUCGACCCUGAGAUUGUAGAGUUGGUGAGGGAAAAGGUCGGUUUUGGGGAUUUGAAAGUUACGGAAACGCCCUCCGAGUGUAGUUGGAAGGUCGAGAGGGAGGGGCCACGGAUGGGGACAGGCGACGCCAUUCUGCUUUCGAUCGGGAGCAUGGUAAGGAAGAACCUGAAUUAUCUUGGGCUGAUUAAGUCUUGA